AUGGAAAUGAAUUUAACACGUAGGUUACUCAAUCCAAUUGUCUAUGAUAAAUCCAUUAGACCUGCUCUACAUCAUCAGGAUGUAACCAAUAUUUCAUUUGAUUUAUCACUUGCUCAAUUGAUUGAUGUUGAUGAAAAAAAUCAAAUUAUUACAACAAAUCAAUGGAUAACUAUGGUUUGGCCUGAUCCGAAAUUAAGAUGGAACCCCUUAGAUUGGGACAAUGUUAGUUUACUUCAUAUUAAAUAUGAUAAUGUUUGGCUACCUGAUAUUGUUUUAUACAAUAAUGCUGAUAAUCUUGCUGCGUUAAGUCAAAUAUCAACAAAUGUUAUGGUUUCUUCUGAAGGCAUAGUUACAUGGUUAUCGACAAGUAUAUUUCGAAGUUCGUGUUCAAUUGAUGUUCGUUAUUUUCCUUUUGACGAACAAAAUUGUACUCUAAAAUUUGCAUCCUGGACUUACGAUAGUGCUCGUAUUGAUUUAUCGGAAAAAUCGAAGAUUGGUGACUUAAGUAAUUUCAUGGAAAAUUCAGAAUGGGAAAUUAUUGCAUUACAUGUAAAAAAGAAUGUUGUCAAAUAUUCAUGUUGUGCGGAAACAUUUCCUGAUCUAACUUACACUGUACAAAUGCGUCGUCGUCCUUUAUUUUACGUAUUCAAUAUGAUGUUUCCAUGUUUUCUCAUAACAAUUGUUGCUUUUCUUGGCUUUUGUGUUCCAUCGGAUAGUGGAGAAAAAGUUUCGAUAGGUGUAACAACUCUUCUAUCAAUGACAGUUUUUCUUAUGCUUGUUGCUGAAAAUAUGCCACCGAAUUCGGAUUCAUUGCCGUUAAUUGGAGUCUACUAUCUUUCGGCAAUUAUAAUUGUAAGUAUCGCAACAGCUAUGUCGGUUGCUUCACUGAAUCUAUACCAUCAUGGUAAAAAUUAUAUUCAUCCUGUACCGAAAUGGAUUGCUCAAUUAUUUUUUGUCAUCAUACCUAAACUUCUAUUCAUGAAUAUUGAUUUUCCUGCACAUAUGAAAAAGCGACGAAAAUCUGUUCAUAAUUCCACGUCAUCAGUAUCCCGGAAAAAUCAAUUUGAAUCUAAUUCUAGCAACCUAACAAAUAAAAUAAGUUCACUAAAUGAUGGAACGUUAAUACUCGGCGAAGAUCUUCUUGAAUAUGAAAAAAUAACACUAACAUCUUCUGAUAACAAUCAUAAAUCUUCGACGCCCUUAGUUCUUCGUCCUUAUACAUCAAAACAACAGCAACAAAAUCUCCAAAAAUCGACUGAUACUAAUAAUUUCAAAUCAUCGCUUUAUCAUAUACAUCGUUUGAUUGAAAAAAGUGAACGUCGAUAUGAACAAAAAGAACAUAAGAAAUCGAUCGGACAAGAAUGGCAAAUAUUAGGACGAGUUAUUGAUCGUUUGCUUGUUUACAUAUUUUUCCUUGGUACAAUUCUUGCGUUUCUAUGUAUUGUACUUCAAGCACCACGUUUGAGAUUAAAAUAA